UUCAUAUAAAGAUGCUAUGCCUCAUGUGAAGGGACUGGGAAUACUGAAUGACUGUGAAUAGAAUAAGAAACUUAUGAGCAAACUUCCUGAUUGGGCGGCAGCCAGCUGGAAUUGCCAAGCCACGCAAACGCAGAGUGAGAUGCAAGAUUUUCCAACUUUCCAAGAUUUUGUCCAUUUCAUGUCAGUUGAGGCUGAGGUUGCCGCAACCCAGUCACUUCCUUCCAUGCCCUUCACACUUCUGAAGCUAAUAAGGAGAAACAUAAUCUCAAGGUUAGUUAGAACAAGUCCAAUGUCUUCCAUAUAGUCACACAGCAUGAGAAUCCAAAGCCCACUGGUAAAAUCACUAAACCAUGUCUGUUCUGUCAAGGCAGUGAACAUCAAAUUCAUGAUAUCUCUAAAUUCUCUGCAAGAUCUCUUGAAGAGCGAAGACAGUUUAUAAAGGAUACAAAGCUGUGCUACGGAUGUUUGAAGCUCGGUCAGAGUGCCAGAGACUGUCGCUUCAGACAUAGCUGUAACACCUGCAAGGGAAGACAUCCUACCUGCUUACACGAUGACAUUAAUGAAGGACCAGGAGUACAGAGAGCAUUAUGUUAAGUUCAUGGAAGACGUAAUAGAGAAUGGUGAUACAGAAGAAGUCAUUGAUGAAGGAAGGGAAGGAGAAAAAUGGUACAGCCCUCAUCACAGACUGUGUCACUCGAAGAAGCCAGGGAAAUUGCAUGUGGUUUUUGACUGCUCUGCCAGAUACAAGGGCAUGAAUGAUCAUCUUCUCAUAGGCCCUGACCUGAUGAACAGCCUGACUGGCAUUCUCUUGCGGUUCAGACAGUACCCUGUAGCCCUGAUGUGUGAUAUUGAGAGGAUGUUCCACCAGUUCCAUGUUGAGGAAGCAGAUCGUGAUUACUUAUGAUUUCUAUGGUGAAGAAAUGGAGAUUUCAACUCACAACCUCAAACGUUCCGCAUGAGAGUACAUCUGUUUUGUGCCUCGUCAUCCCCCGGAUGUGCUAACUAUGGACUGAAGCAUCUUGCAAGAGAAGGUGAACAUCUGCAUCCCCUAGGUUCACAAUUCAUUAUGCAAGAUUUCUACAUGGAUGAUGUAGUCUCCAGCGUUGAAAGUGCAGAGAAGGACAUCAAGUUGGCUCAAGAAGCUCACCAGCUUUGUGCACUAGGAGGUUUAAGGCUGCAUACAUUUGUAUCCAAUGACAAGGCAGUUUUGGAGACAAUACCACCCUCUGAGUGUGCUGUAGACGUUACAGCUGUCAAUCUCUCCCUCUCUAGCCAACCUUUGGAAAGAGCCUUGGGCAUUUACUGGCAUCUGGAACAUGAUAAUUUCACAUUUUGCGUCAUCGUUAAGGACCAGCCAGCAACCCAUAGAGGUAUACUGUCUACUGUGGCCUCGUUAUUCGACCCCUUAGGGUUUCUUGCACCGUUCUUCCUCAAAGAAAAGAUUGUUCUUCAAGAAAUGUGCCGAAAUGGCAUGGGCUGGGAUGAUCCCUUACCUGAUGGUUUGCAGCCAGGAUGGGAGCACUGGAAGGCCGAUCUUGUUAACUUGGAGAAGAUUGAGGUGCCUCAUUGUAUUGUGCCUGCUGGGUUUGGGAGAAUCACAAGGAGAGAGAUUCAUCACUUCUCAGAGGCCAGCAUGAGAGGAUAUGGUCAGUGCUCAUACCUUAGGUUUGAGAAUGACCAAGGUGACAUUCAUUGUUCUUUGCUCAUGGCAAGAUCUAGAGUAUCCCCACUUAAGGUCACAACAAUCCCUCGGUUAGAGUUGACUGUUGCGGUUGUGUCAGUUGCAGUGAAUGAUAUGUUAAAGGAAGAAAUGAACCUUGCAGAUGCAGAGGCAUAUUUCUGGACUGACUCUCAAGUGGUGUUAGGCUACAUAAACAAUGAAGCUCGGUGCUUCCACACAUUUGUUGCGAAUCAAGUUCAGAGAAUUAAUCGCAGUACACCUCCUCAGCAGUGGCAAUACAUUCCCUCGGAUGAAAAUCCAGCCGACUAUACAUCACGAGUGUAAUGUCUGUUUUGGGUUUUGUUUCAUGUUCUUGUUUUCAUGUAUUUUAUUUUGUAAUUUGAUUCAUGCUGUUGGCGUCAUGCUUCCCUUGCCCUUAUAUAUUUCUGCCUUGUGUAUGUUUCAUAUUCUCAUUGGUUGUCUUAGUCAUGUGUCUUGUUUCUCAUUGGUUGGUUCUUGUCAUGUGACCCUCUUUGUUUGAUAUAAAUAGCCCUUAUGUUGCCUUAAUUCUUGGUCUGUUGUUGUCCUGUAAAGGCUGUUUCGUGUGCUCCUUGUCUCGUCUUGCUAUUGCCAUUGCCAAGUCUGGAUUACUUUGUGUUUUUGUUUAAUAAAUCCUU